AUCUGGCAACACUGGAUUGGGUUACAGUCACCCAUCCAGAUCUUCAAAUAGCAGUAGCAGCGGAGAUCGAGUCGCUCGAGUUCGGAGAACUGAAACUGAAAUUCAACUCCGCCAGUUUCCGCAGAGCCUCAGCCGGUAAAACGUGCCACUCAUCCCGGCUCGCGCGUCUUCUAGCUUGUUCUAGAACGAGGAAUGACUAGUUAUCUCGUAGUUCCUCGUGCUGGUUUUUAAAUACAAUAACUGGUAAGUUAACUUCAAUCAAGCGGAGCUGAGCGAUCACCGAAGCCCUUCCUUCUGCGUUUACUUUCCGGUUUUUCAACUUCAGACGUGAUUCUACAACGUAUCAACAUGCCUCAGAAGCGGCGCUCGCAGUCGUGGACGGAGCUCAAGCAAGCCGGUAACGAGUGCUUCAGGGCCGGUCAGUACGGAGAAGCCGCGAACCUCUACAGCCAGUCCAUCCAGCUGCUGGAGAAGUCUGGUCAGAAGAACAAGGAAGAUCUGGGUAUUCUGUACUCCAACAGAGCCGCCAGUUACCUGAAAGAUGGAAACUGCAGCGAAUGCAUUAAAGACUGCACCACGUCUCUUGAACUGGUUCCGUUUGGAUUUAAAGCUCUGCUUCGCCGGGCGUCAGCUUAUGAAGCCUUGGAGAGAUACAGACAGGCGUAUGUGGACUACAAAACUGUUUUACAGAUAGACUGGAACGUACCGGCUGCUCACGAUGGUGUCAACAGAAUGACCAAGACUUUGACGGAUAUAGACGGACCAUCUUGGAGAGAGAAACUGCCUCCGAUUCCCACCGUUCCGAUGUCUGUGAAAGAAAGCCUGGCGAAAGCUGCCAGCUCGGCCCCAAGCCCACAACAAAACAGCGUGAUUGACAACAAGAAAAAAGGUAUUUACCUGUACCGUACCGAGCGGAGCCAACAUACUUCACUUCAGCACUUGAUUUUCAAUUGUAUUAUUCUAGCACCAGGACCUGAAGCUGCUAAAAAGGCCAAGGCUCUGAAGGAAGAAGGCAAUGUGUUUGUGAAGAAGGGUGAACACAAGAAAGCCAUGGAGAAAUACACGCAGUCACUCGCUCAGGACCCCACAGAGGUCACAACCUACACAAACCGGGCCCUCUGCUACCUGUCAUUGAAGAUGUAUAAAGAAGCUAUUAGCGACUGCGAUGAGGCUCUUCGAUUGGAUUCCGCCAACAUUAAAGCUUUUUACCGACGUGCCCAGGCAAACAAGGAACUCAAAAACAAGAAAUCUGCUAUUGAAGAUCUUAACAGUGUGCUCAAAAUCGAUCCAAACAACACAGUGGCGCAGAAACUAUUGCAGGAAGUACAGAAGAUGAAAUAACCAUGACUGUACAGUGAGGAAACUUUCCCCCAAGUGCCUCUCAAAGCUGCAACGUUUGCUACAGACUUUAGAUAUGCACAUCGUAAUACUAUUUUAAAUCUAGGAAAUAAUUUGAGUGUUCAUGUUCAAUAAUUCCUACUUCACUUUAGAUAGAAUUAGGGCUGCAUUUUCUACAAAAUGUUUAAUUUUUUUGUGCAAAUAUAUUGUAUUGUUGUGGGUUAAUUACUGUCACAAUCAGUUAAUGUUUAUAUACAUUUAUAAAGACUUGACACCUGUAUUUAUUGAUGUUUCAUAAGGCAUUUUGCAUCAAGACAACAUAAACGGGUCUUUAUUUUAUUUAAAUAAUGUGCUGUAUGCAUGUGGUAAUAAAGAAGAAUGUUCAGGAA